AUGUCAAUGAUCAGUUUUAUGUUUUGUGCUUUCUUUAUUAUAUCAACAAUAUCAGCAAUACCUGCACCAGGUAUUGUUUUGUCAGCUGUUAUUCGGAACACACAGAAUACACCUGUUCAAUGCACUAUUCGUUGGGCGAUAGACAAUGAUCAAACAUCGAAUCACCAUAUUAUUACAGUUGAAAGCAAUAAAUAUAAAGUUGUCUUUGAAAAAAACAUUAAUAGUAGUGAAUUCAUAGCAGGUGCAUUUAUCCAAGAAAUUCAUUGUGGUGACUUAGUGCUUAAUGCUCCAUUUACAAGAGUCCUUGCAGUAGAAAGACUUUGGGAAUUUCGUAUUGAAUCAGAUCGAAUAGUUUCGGUUGGACGGAGUUCAUAUUUAUCUUAA